AUGGAAUCUAUUGGCCAGCAGAAGAGUUCUGAAGGUGGGAAAAAAGGUUAUACUCAAGAGAAAGACCCUCUCUUGGUGGAUAAGGCAACACUACCUACAGGUAUUUUUGCUGUUCAUGUGUUUGGCUGCCGCAAUUUGUACCUUGAUGCAAACUUUCCCCCUGAACACUUUGGAAUAUAUGUCCAAAUAACAGUUGGCUUAAUUACAAAAUGCACUUCACUACAGUUUCCUUUCAAAAAAGGCUGUGUGGUGUGGGAUGAGAUCAAGAAUUUCUCUGUUAUUGUCUCUCCCAAAGCAACAAGUUUGGUAAAUGAAGUUAACAUUGCUGUCCUGGGGUUUGACAAACUGCAGCCAAUUCCAAAACACAAACUUCUUGGCAAAACUGAGUUUCACGUGCACAAGCUAGCUAAGAAACAAUGGUCCAUGGAGACAUUUGAGUUACAGAAUAGACAAAAAAAGUAUGCUGGAGAUCUCCAAUUAGAGCUUGCCUUUGCUUAUGGUUUCUAUGGUUAUGGCUUGUGUGAUCAGCUGGAAAGCCAUCAUCCACCCAGAUAUUAUUUACAACAAAGUGCAUUUCCACACUUGGAACUUGCCCCACGUGGCUCAGGCAACAGUUCAGGAAUUAAUUUUGCUCCUACAAAAGUGCCACACCCAAGUAUGAUCACUUUCAAAGAGAAAAUCAUAGACUUGGAGCCAGAAUUCAGCCCAUAUUAUACUAAAACAAACUUCAUGCCAACUGACAUCAAGUCAAGACCUCGACUUCGGCAAAAUAUGACAAGAUUGAGUCAGAUGUAUUCCGAGUAUUCUCAAAUGACCUCAAGAAGUAAGAGAAUCAGCUAUUUGGAAAGGCUUCUUCAGGAGAAGGAUAAACAUGGUGCUGUAACUGGAGACCAAGAGAGUGACUCUGACUCGACUGAAGAAAAUGUUGGUGAUGUAACUCAGUUUGGUCUGACAGAAGCACUUGCUCAGAUGGCAAAUUUGACAUUCUCGGCCACAACACCUGAUGCUGAGAAGCAGAUGUCUCAAGGUUCACCAGCUGUUGAUGAAGCAUCAGAGAUGGACGCAUCACCAGAUGAUGAUACGCAAGACAUAGACAAUGAAGACUACAUUAAGGUAGCUGCCGCCGCUCGUGGUCGCCGAUCAGCUGUUGAUGCGCGUAGGCCAUCGCAGAAAAUGAAAUCAAGUAUUGACAGACGACCUACAUUCUAAUGUAGCUGGUUCAUGCUUUCGUCGUUCUCUUUCGCGGUAACCUCUGGAUUUCCUCCUUUAAACAAC